AUGUGUAUGCCAAGAACAACUACAACACCACAAGAACUGAUCGAUCUACAACAACAAUUUGAAAAAUUAGAUGAUCAGGUCAUAAUCAUGGACCAAAACAAAAACCAAGAAAUGUACUACAAUCCCAUUCAACCAACUCAAUUUUGCCAACAAACUUUUCUUCCUCCAUUGCCAACAAUGAUAACGUGUGUGCCAACAACUACUACAACACCACAAGAAUCGAUAGAUCUACAACAACAACUUGUGAUACAGGAUCAGGUUUAUCCUAAUUUCACUAUGCCGAUGCCGACUCCUCUGAUCAAAACUUUUAAAAGAAAAAACCAGUCAACAAGAGUUGUCUAUGAAGUGUUGCAAGAGGAACUCAUAGGUGAUAAAUGGGCAUGGCGUAAGUAUGGUCAGAAGUCAAUCAAAGGUUCUCCAUUCCCGAGGAACUACUUCAAAUGUAGUACAUCAGGAUGUUGCAAAGCAACAAAAAUAAUUGAGAAAAGCCCAAAGAAUGAGAACUAUUUUUUGGUGUCCUAUUCUGAUGAACACAACCAUGAUCCUCCUACAUAUCGUAGAUCUCUUGCUUUAUACAACAGUAGUUCCAAACGCAAACUUCCAAAAGGUAUAAAUAUUGUGCCCAAAGCGUUAAAUUUGAAUGCAUCAUCAUCCUCGUCCAAGCGUGCUAAGCGUUUCAAAGUUGACACCUCUUCAAUUAGUCCAACUGCACCUACACUUGAAAUUGAGAGAAAUAAUGAAAUGGUUGAUGUUGUCGUGGAGAACAAAAACGAUAUUGAAGAGGAGGAGAACAUGUAUGACAAUAUUUUCAUGGAUUUUGAAGAACUCCAACAAGUUACUACUUCCAUCUUAUGGGGAUGA